AUGCCCGGUGUUGCUGACCUCUUGUGGGGCUCUAGCUCAUAUGCCACCCUUCGAGCUCGAGAUGGGAGCAGACAAGUCAGAGUUAGGAGCAAUGCUCCAGGAAGUGGAGCUGUCGAAAUUGGGACUCAAGUGCUUCAAGUGGUUGCCAUCAAUGGCUAUCCUGUCGUCACUAGAAAUGGUCAAGAAGUAUUUUUUGCGGCCACCCCGCGUACAUUCAUGAACCAUCAGCAGCAGCAGCAGCAUCAGCACAGUCGAUAUCAGAAUCAGCGUCAUCACUCACCCCAACAGGCGCAAGAACCAUUGAAUAGUCAUCACUCCCUUCCAACGCAAAUGUACAAUUUAACUGCUGAUCAAACUCUUAUCGAUCAAGAGGGUACAGUUCGCCGUUUGAGCAGUGCACAAAGGGAAAGACUUAGUCAGGAUCUGGCGGUUGUGCAGACAAAUCUGCACAUUCUCAAUGAUAUGCUGACUGAACUUCAACCUGAUGCGAUUUCGUCAGAUGAUCUGGAGCUACUUCAAGAGCUGAACGAGACGUGCCGAAUGAUGCAACAGCGAGUGGCUGGGUUCCUUUCCCAAGUUGCUGACGAUGCCGCGACACUCACACUUCUUCAAUUGAACGAUGAACUUAACAGUGCUUUCCAGCGCUAUGAACGAUUCGAGCGGUAUCGUCUACGAUCAAUGCGCGCCCAAAUAGCUAAUCAAAACACUGGACACAACCGACCGCCUUUUCCAACAAUCACCCAAUCUGGGUCAUCGUCCCAUCCAAGCCAACUUCAACUCCAACAUGAGGCAUCUCAAACUACACAAGCCAAUCAAUUACCGGCCCCGCCCAAUCAACUUAGCCUUCCCUCGACCUCCACAGAUCAUUCAUCCACUUCGGACAAUCAGCAGAAAGACGAUGAUAAUCAGAGUGUUGACGAUGAUGAUGAAUUAAUGGACGCUGUGGCAGAACAGACUCAAGUAACUGGGCUUUUGAAUAUUCCUUAA